CUUCCCAGUAGCCUCAGAAACACCAAACAUGUCUGUAGAUAUGUCUGCGGAAAAGAUGACAAAAAUAGAAGAGAAUUUGAAAAGAGCCGUGGCACUUAAGAAGAUGGUCAACAGGUGGCAGAAUUCACAUACUCACUGUAUGUGGCAGAUGACAUUAAGCCAGCGGAGGAACCUGUAUGCUACGCUAAGGAUGCAGGGCGAUAUGGAACAGGAGUUAGCCCUGUCCAACAAGCAGCUGCUGACGGUCCGUCAAGAUGCCUUACACCAACUGUUUGCAAAGGAGCAUCAGCAGUACCAGCAGGAGCUCAGUCAGCUGGGCAAAGCUUUUUAUGAGGAGAGACUGUGACGCUGCCCAGACACUGCUCUUCGUCAUGCCUGCCAACCCGCCUCUAGUCUCUACCACAAGCUUCCCAAAACACGCCUGAAGCUGGGACUGUUGCUUCUGAAAACAAGAGCGACACCUUGUGGUCAGGGUGGGAUAUGCAGCGUUGUAAGAGGAGAGAAUGCACAAUGUCUGGUUUAAAGAAAUCCUGAUUUGGUUUAACAAAUAA